AUGGCUAGACAAAAUUUCGUUGGCUUGGUGAUUUCACAGGGAAAAAUGAACAAGACCGUCAAGGUCAGAGUUCAGUCCAAAGGUUACGACAAAAGAGUGCACAAGGAGGUGUUGAAAAGGAAAGACUACUUGGUCCACGAUGAAGGAAACUUAUGUAAAGAAGGAGAUAUUGUGAGAAUCGAGUCGAUCCCAAAAAUGACAGAACGAAAGUACUUUGCCAUUGCUGAAGUGAAGAUCAACAAAGGUCAGCAGUUUGCCAAGUACGAAGAGUUGGCCAAAAGGAAAGUCGCCGAGGAAGAACAGAGGAAACUUAAGGAGUUUAUGGAAAGAAGAACCGAGUUGGAGAACAUCAUAGAUAAGGUGGACGAUUUGAAGAAACUAGAUCAAAUUUCAAGAGCAUUUUCAAAAGCGCAGGAGGAUGAGAGACAGGAACUUCUUCGUCAAAUCAACGAGAUCAAGAAGAGAUACAACAUCAAAUCGUGGCCAACAACAGAGCAGAUAGUGCCUCUAGAAGUGAACGAAGCAGCGAAAGAUCUCAGUGUUAUAGAGAACAGACUUGCCAACAUUCGUGUGAUUCUCGACAAGUUGAUGAGCAGUGAUUUCAAGGCUCAGAGGGAGAAGAUCUUGGCUCAGGCGGCCAAGGGCAACCCAGCAGAGUUGAAGCCCAGCAUACAGAAGAAUAUCUUGCGCAAAUGGGUCAUGAACCCAAAGAACACCGUACCCGUGUCUCUCUAG